CUUUUCCCAUCUACAUACCACCAACCCUAAGAUCCGAACGUCCAUUUUAAAGCCGUGCGUUUAAUCAAGACCGUUGCUUAUAUUGGCAAAUUUUGACCACACGAUAUCCGUCAUCUAACGGCAUCUAUAGAUCUACUAGAACGUUCUCUUUCAUGACUCUAUAUAUUACGCAUUUCUUCUCCACAACGCUCUCACAAAAAGUACUGGUGUCUUACUCGUGCCAGCCACUCGCAUUUUUCCAGAUUUUAUUAUCCUUUCUCGGAAAAAGAGUUUAGCUAAGAUGACGAAGAACUACCCAACCGUGAGCGAGGAUUACAAGAAAGCUAUUGAGAAGUGCAAGCGGAAGCUCAGAGGUUUGAUCGCUGAGAAGAACUGUGCACCCAUCAUGGUCCGACUCGCGUGGCAUUCUGCUGGAACUUUCGAUUGUCAAUCGAGGACUGGAGGUCCAUUCGGAACAAUGAGGUUUGAUGCUGAGCAAGCUCAUGGAGCCAACAGUGGUCUCCACAUUGCUCUUAGGUUGUUGGACCCCAUCAGGGAGCAAUUCCCUACCAUCUCUUUUGCUGAUUUCCAUCAGCUUGCUGGUGUUGUGGCCGUUGAAGUUACUGGUGGCCCUGAAAUUCCUUUCCACCCUGGAAGAGAGGACAAGCCCCAGCCACCUCCUGAGGGUCGUCUUCCUGAUGCUACCAAGGGUUGUGAUCACUUGAGAGACGUCUUUGCUAAGCAGAUGGGCUUGUCUGACAAGGACAUUGUCGCUUUAUCUGGUGCCCACACUCUGGGAAGAUGCCACAAGGAUAGGUCUGGCUUCGAAGGUGCCUGGACUUCAAACCCUCUAAUCUUCGACAACUCUUACUUCAAGGAACUCUUGAGCGGAGAGAAGGAAGGCCUUCUUCAGCUUGUCUCUGACAAGGCGCUAUUGGAUGACCCUGUUUUCCGUCCUUUAGUCGAGAAAUACGCUGCUGAUGAAGAUGCCUUUUUCGCUGAUUAUGCCGAGGCCCACAUGAAGCUUUCUGAGCUUGGGUUUGCUGAUGCUUAAGCUGUGACGUAUGUUGUGUGUGUGUGUGUGUCUCCGAGAGUCAUGGCUGUUUUUGGUUGGGGGCUGGAGGGGUCGCAUUGCAUUUGAACUUUAUCAUAUGAUUGCUUAAUGUACUCUCAGAUUUGCGUAUCUUGUUUUUCGGUGGGUUGUGAUUUGACACAUCCGUUGCGCUUUUGCUGGUUAGACAUUUAAUAAAAUUAAUUUAUCUCAAUA